AUGUUAACAACAAAAACAAUAAAAACCUUUUUUAAUGGAGAGAACCCGUUAAAUAAAAAAAGAAAAAGAAAUGAUAAUGGUCAAGAUAAUGGUGAAGAGGGACAACAACAUCAGAAUAAUAAAAAACUUAAUAUUGGAUUUAAUAUUGGGGAGAAAUCAUUUUGGAAAAUUUGGAGAAAUUUAUAUCUUAGAAAUAUAAUAUUCAGAGUUUUAGAUAAACCAUUAGUAUUUAAAAAUAGAGAUGAAUUAUAUUUGGGUAAUAGAAUGAAAUUUGAAAAUUUAGUUUCAAUUGAUAUUAUGAUCUCAAAGAAUGCAUUGAACCUUUUGUCCGAUAAGAUAGAGUCACAUUAUCCAUUGGAUAUUACUAGUUUAUCAAUUUCCAAACUUUAUCAAUCAAAUAAAUAUUUAAAUAUUUUGGAAAGAUUAUAUAUUAAUUAUAAACUUCAAAUGGAUGAUAUUAGAGUAUGUUUAGUUGGAGCACCAAUUGAAAGUUUAAAAAUGUAUUAUAAAUGGCAUACAAAUAAUGGAGGUGUUAUCGGUAUAAUAAAUUAUAAUUCAAUUGGUGGUGUAAUUGAUAUAAUAUCUGAUAAAGAAAUUGUUGACAAUGCAAUUAUAUCAAUGAAUUUUCAAGUUCUAGAUUUUGUUCAAUUUAUACAUAAUCAAGUUGAUUCAUAUAUUAAUUCAUCAACAACAACAACAUCAUCAUCAUCAUUAUUAUCAAGUAAAAUCAAGAAACCAAUACCAUCAACAGGUUAUAAUGAAGAAUUAUUAAUUCAAAAUGCAUGUAAAUCAAAUGAUCCAGAGAAAAUGUUAAAAUAUAUUGAACAAGAAUUAGAAGUAAAUUUAGAAAUGUUAAUUAAAAAGUAUCCACAAAUUAAUCAUUACAAUAUUUUAAUGAAUGUUUUGGAUAAAUUAUCAUCCGAGAGAAUACCUUUAGUUUAUUAUUCUGCCAAUGAAGGUUGUUCAUAUGAUAAACCAUUUCAUUAUGUUUUCCCAUUCAAAUAUGAUGUGGAUAAUUUAAAAUGUUUGGUAUUGGAUACUGUACCAAAAAAGAAUGAACUUUUAAAUAGAAGAUUAACAAUCGAAGAGUUACUAGAGAAAUAUAAAUCUGGAUAUGAACAUAAGUAUUUCCCAUUCUUUAUAGAUUACUUUUUCAAACAAAACCAAGUCGAUAGAAUUAUACAUUAUCUUAAAUUCAGUAGAACCAUAUCAAUCAUUGGUGAUCAAUAUAAAACUUUAUAUAAUGAUAUGCAAAUUUUCUUUUAUGUUGAAACUAUUAGACAUUUCAAUUUAAUGGCAUUGGAGUAUGUUAUAGAGAGUAAUAUAUCAUUACACUUUUUAAACAAAGAAUCAGUUAUCGAACCAUUAUCAAUAAUCGUACCAACUGAUCAAGUAAUUCAAUUCCUAAAAAGAUUUACAUCACUAUAUGACGUUCAUUGUUACAUUGUAAAAUUAUUGUUCAUCUAUUAUCCAAUUGAAACUAUCGAAUCACUAUUGGAGAAUGUUCAAGAUUUUAAAAUAAAAUUUCAAAAAGAAAUAAACUCUGAAAGAAAUGAAACAUUUUGCUUUCUAUUAACAAGGGUUUCAAUGGAAAAGAUUAAUUUAUUAUUAAAAUUUAGAACUAAAAAAAUUGAAGAUAUUAAAACUAGAAAAUCAAAUACAAUCACAAGUAAAUCAAAUCAAGAUAAAAUAAAUAUUUUUAAUCAAAUUUGUAAUAAUGAUAUAAAUCAAAUUCUUACAAAUCAAUGUAAAAGAAAAUUUUUUAAUGACUUAAAUUUAUCAUCAAUGACAUUUAAUGAAACAAUUCAAUUAUAUCAAUCAAUAAAUUUUAAAUCAAUAUCACAUUUGGAAAAAUUUAGAAUUCAAUCAUUUUUAUUUAGAUCUUUUAUUUUAAAUAUUUAUGAAUCAAAUGAUUAUUUUUCAAUGGAUUUAUUAAUUUUAACUUUAAAUAAUAAUAAUUUAAAUUCAAAUAAUAAUAAUAAUAAUAAUUCAAAUAUAUCUACUACAACUUCAUCAUCAUUACCAAAUUCACCUCCUUUGGGUUGUUGUUCAUCAUCAAAAAAAUCAAUAUUAGAAAAAAUUGUUUUAUUAAAUAAUCACUAUAUUUUAAAAAAAUUUACAAAAUCUUUAAUUAAUAAUGAUUAUUCAAAUGAAAUUAUUAUUUAUUUAGUUUUACAAAUUAUUAAAUUUCAAUUGAAAUUACCAUUUUCAAUUGUUUAUUCAUUGUUGGAUCAAACUAGAUAUCAAGUAAUGAAUUACUUUUUUAAAGAAUAUAAAGAAUUAAUUUUAUACUCUUGUAAAAAUAGAAUUGGUUUAACAUUGGAUCCUGAUAAUGGUACUAUCGAUCAAUUGUUUAUUAACUUCAAAUAUCAAUAUUAUUAUAGUGCAGAGAAAAUGGUUACAUCAUUUGAUACAUUUGAAAAGUGUCAAGCGUUAUUCCUUCAUUUUGGCUCACCAAAUUAUUUGGUAGAAUAUUUAAAAUCAACUCACAAAGAGGGUUCACCAUUAAUUCAAUUAGAUCAAGCAAUUAUAAAUAGAAUUUUUGAAUAUUCAAAUCUUGAUCAAUUUUUAGAAAUUUCAAAACAUUUAUCAUUUAAAAAUCAAUCGAAUCAAAAUUCAACAACAACAACAACAACAACAACAACAACACCAACAACAGCAGUAACUACAACAACUACGACUACAAAUGUUAUGGUUAAUAAUAUUGAAAAUCAAAAUAAUAAUAAUAUUGAUAAUCAUAAUAAUAAUUAUAAUCAACAAUUUAAUAAUAAUAAUGAACAAUUAAAUGAAAUUUUUGAAAAUGUUGAAGUAAUAAUUGGAGAGAAUGAAGGUGAUAUUAUGGAAACUGAAAGUUUAGAUAGUAAUAAUGGUAUAACCUAUUCAAAUAUUGGUGAUAUUAAUGAUGAUGGGGAAUUUGAAACCAUAGCAAUAUUAAAUAAUUCGAUAACAUUUAAUAGAUUGGAUAUUAUAAGUCAUUUAUUAAGUUCAGAUUUAUUAUCACCUUUUACAAUAAUGAAUUAUUUAAUUUCAAAAGAUAAAUUAUUUAUGAUUGAAAAUAUUAUUAUCAAUUUUAAGAGUAAAUACUUUUCAAAUCCAAUCGAUAAGAAAUUAAAUCUUGUUCAUUUAUCAAUUUUAAAUGCAUCAACAAUUGGUUCAUUUAGAUUGAUUGAAUCUCUAUAUCCAGAAUAUAAUAAUAAAUUUAUUAUUGGUAGAUCAAUCAUUAAUCUAUUGGUUCAAAAAGAUAGAAACAAUGAUAAACUUAUUUAUCUUCAUAGAAAAGGUCAUCUAUGUAAUUUGGAUUAUUUAAAUCAUAAAGUUAAAAGAGUAAAUGGUACCCUAACUAAAUUGGUUUUUCCUCCAGAAAUUUCAAAAACAAUAACUUCAAUCAUUCAAUCUCAAUCAAUAAAAAAAGAACCUGAUAAUUUAGAUAAAAAAAAAUUAAAAAAAAGAUCAAAAUAUUGA